GAGAGGUAUUCAUGGCACUCGACAAGGACGAGCUCACGGCCGCAGACGAAAGGUGCGCAGAAGCGAAACAAGACACUAGCCCAUUGACUUCUCACACAACGCUCUUGUGCCGGUCUGCAUGUAUAAUGCAGGUCGAUGCGCGACUAUCUCAAGGCGGCCAACGUCCGUGACGACAUCCCCCAUGAGCUGUUGCAGAAGAGGAUCCGGCAGCGGCUGCAGCUUCAGGAGAGCAUCCGCGAGCGCAAGAGGGACAAGAACGCCAUCCAGCUGGCCGCACAGUGCACGGCCAAGCCGACUGUGUUCAUCCGGACCUUUCUAGAGCUGUAUCAAGACCCCGCCAUGCGCAAGAAGCUUGACGAGCACCUGGUGGUGCAGAUGCUGCAGUGCGCGGUGGCCGUGUGGGGGGGCAACCCCCACCACCCCAAGAGGCAGCAGCAGCUGAUUGACUUCUGCAUCUUGUUCGAACUCAACCCAUCGUACGACCUGCUCAGGUACGAGAAGAGCGGGCCAAACACGAACAUGAACACGAACACGAAAGCAUCAUGUAUCAUAAGGUCGCACUCGGCGCACCUGUUUCAAAGCGCCACACUCGGCGUCUGCUGGCCGCGCAGCCCACCCGUCCCAACCCGUGCAGCCUCAGCCAGGAGGGCAUCAAUGCCUCCCUUGACCACUUUGCGGGGGUGAUAAGGGCGACAGCCGAGAAGCCGGCGCUCGUGUCGCUUUCACGUGACGAGACGACCGUGGCACCGGCGUUAACCUGCCCGAAGCUUUGCGUGUGAUGCUCGGUCAGCCACGAGUUUGUCUGCCUGUAUCGAAUGGUGCGGUGUGUGUUGGAUGUGUGGGUGUAUGUGGGUGGGGAUGUCGUUCUGUUGGUUUCGGUGUUGAGUGUGUGUUGUGUGUCGUGAGGUGUUGGUGUCAGUGAGUGAGUCG